GUAGGAAAUUUCAUUGCCAACCUAAAGAAGGCUUUGGGGAACGAGGUGAUCCGAGUCAAUUAUCUGGGUGACUGGGGAAUGCAGUUCGGUCUGUUGGGCUCAGGGUUUGAACGAUUCGGCUCUCAGGAGAAGCUAAGGAGGCAGCCACUGGAGCAUCUGUUUGAGGUGUUGUAUGUGCAGGUGAACCGCGAGGCGGAGAGCGAUGCCAGUGGUUCGGCUGCUGCUCAGUUCUUCAGGCGUCUGGAGCAGAGCGAGGAGCAGGCGCUGGAGCUGUGGAGACACUUCAGGGAGAUCACCAUCCAGGAGUACAAGCGCAUCUAUCAGCGUUUAGGAGUGGAGUUUGAUCAUUACUCUGGAGAAUCUUUUCAUCGCGCUCAAACACAGACUGUGCUGGACGAGCUAAAGAGCAGAGGCCUGCUGAAGACCUCACAGAAAGGAACGGGUGUGGUGGAUCUGUCUGAGACGGGCGACAUGUCCAAUUACGCCACACUGGUCCGCAGUGAUGGGACAUCCCUGUACAUCACCAGAGACGUGGCAGCGGCGCUGGACAGGAAGCAGAGGUUUGGCUUUGAUGAGAUGAUCUACGUGACAGAUAAGAGUCAGUCUGUGCACUUCCAGCAGCUCUUCCACAUCCUGCAGGCCAUGGGGCAGCAGUGGGCCGACAGGUGUCAUCACGUGGCGUUCGGCCUGGUGCAGGGCAUGAGCACUCGACGUGGGGAGGUGCUGUUCUUGGAGGACGUGCUGGAGGAGGCGCAGAGCCGGAUGAUCCACAACAUGAGGCAGUCCCGCACUUCAAAAGAGCUGGAGGAUCCGGACCUGACUGCAGAGAGAAUCGGCAUCAGUGCUUUAAUCGUACAGGACUUCAAAGGGCCGCUGAUUUCUGACUACAGGUUUGAAUGGGACAAAGUCCUGCAGGCGCAAGGAGACACGGGUGUGUUUCUGCAGUACACACACGCUCGCCUCUGCAGAUACAGGGACACUGGAGCCUUUUAA